CUCUUUCUGACUGGCAUGAAGAACUUGAGCAGAAACUCAUUGCUGGCUUCCGCCCUGUGUGACCUGUGUGUGGUUCUCCCCCAUCCUCUCCCAGGACACAAAGACUAUACCUAUUGGCUGGUCUGAAAAAUCAUGACCAUGGAGACUCUCCCUAAGACCCUGGAGGCUGAUGAGAAGUUUCCAGAAUCCAAAGACCUGCUUCCCAGUCAGACUGCCAGUUCCCUUUGCAUCAGUUCCAGAAGUGAGUCAGUCUGGACCACCACCCCCAGGAGUAAUUGGGAAAUCUACCGCAAACCCAUCAUCAUCAUGUCCACUGGCGGUACCAUCCUUCUCUUUGGGUUGGUCAUCACCUUCUUGGCUUACACCCUGAAUUUAGGUGAUAAGAGUCGUAGCAUUAUUAAGAUGAUAGGUCCUGCCUUCCUGUCCCUGGGACUCAUGAUGCUGGUGUGUGGGCUGGUUUGGGUGCCCAUCAUCAAGAAGAAACAGAAGCAGAGACAGAAGUCCAGUUUCUUUCAGAGUCUCAAAUCCUUCCUGAAUUGCUAAUAGCAGCCUUCCCAUCACCCUGCCACCUGCACCAGGAGAAAGAUAACUGAUGGCCAACAUGUAACAUCGCCAUCUCCUUGGCCGUGAAGCUUUUCCCUAGAAAUGGAUUCAAUUAAAGCAUUUAUCUCAACCUGUGGAAAAGCUGAGGGCUAUACCCUUCCUGGAACUGGGCACAUUGCUGAUAUAGCUCAGACUCUGUUAUAGCUAAAGUUUCCCUGGCAUCUUGGCCAUGGUCAGCCCCUUCCAUGCCUGUUUCCUACUUACGCAUCCAAGCAUUACUCAUUUAACUCUUUGCCCAUCACUCUGCAUGUUCGGAAGUCCUUUGUAGUGGACUAUGAUCCAAAGAGAGCCU